AUGGGGAUGGAAUCGUGGAUGGUCAGACGUGGUCACUGGCGCGGGAUCGGUGUAGCAACCAAUAGCGUGAUUGAGCAUGGCACCUGGCACAGCGCCACAGCCCUUUGUCCAAAGUUUGCGCAGUUGGCAAUGAAGACCGAUAGUCAUGAGACAAACAUGAAACAUGAGGUGAAGGUUGUUGCUGAUAAGAGGAUGAAGCACUACAAGGUCAUCUGUUUUCUUGGUGUAGCUUUGAUUACAUGGAUUGACAAGGCAGUACUUCUCAACCGACUGAAUGAGUACAACAAUGUAGCUGCCCAAGUCUGUACAAUCUACUUCACAAUUGCUCUAGUUUCCAUGUUGCUGGGGUUGACUGCGUCUUCGUUUCCCGACUCUGCUCUCUGUGCUAAGACAGUUUCGAGCAAUGGAGCUUUGCAGGCCUUUUUGUUGUUAAACGCAGUUGUGCACUUGCACAAUAUGGACUUAUAUCCAAAAGUUUUGCACCUAGGAGUCUCAUGGAUGCUCACAUCCUUGGUCUUUUGCAUCUACUGGGUAAUGUAA